CGUUACACAAACCGACAUAUUACAUACAGUUAUCGAGGAUUGCAGGACCAAGCUACACGGAAAGAACAACCUAGAUAGAUAACUUGGUAGGCACCAGCUACAUAACCUAACUUUCCAAGUUCUUCUACGCUACGCUGUCUAGGUCUAUUGUGCCUUCCUACCUAGUAACCAAAUCAUCAUGGAUUUGUCCAAAGCCCCUUACUGCGGGCAGGACCCUCAGCAGAAUUCACAGCUUCUUCGUUCCCUGAAUGGUGCAACUGCCAAAGUAAAAUCCGGAUUCAGGGUGAAGAAGACGACUUUCAAAGUUGCCGGGUCGCCAGACGGUAUCAGUGUCGACUCAUGGCGCUUUCAGGACUGGGAUUACAAAAAGCCCAAUCUCCCUACCUAUGCGCGUGGUCUUUUUACCACGAAAAACCGCCACAAUGACUACGAGAUUGCCGUCAGAGGCUACGAUAAGUUCUUCAACGUCAGUGAGGUUUAUGACACAAGAUGGGAGAACAUUAUGAGCAAGACACGGGGUCCUUAUGAGCUCACUUUGAAGGAGAACGGCUGCAUCAUCUUUAUCAGCGGCUUGGAGGAUGGGACUUUGCUCGUAUGCAGCAAACAUUCAACUGGAGACCGAAGUGAUGUCGAGGUGAGCCAUGCCAGUGCCGGCGAGAGAUGGGUGGACAAACAGCUAGCCACCAUUGGCAAAACAAGAGAAGAAUUCGCCCGGGAGCUACGCCGUAGAAAUGUGACGGCUGUUGCUGAGCUGUGCGACGAUGAAUUUGAGGAGCACAUUCUGGCCUACGGUCCUGACAAGGCUGGCCUGUAUCUUCAUGGUAUCAACGUCAACAUUCCCGAGUUCAUGACAUACCCAAGUCAACUAGUCCAGCAGUUUGCAGACGAAUGGGGUUUUCGGAAGGUUGGCUUGAAAUCCUUUGAUGAUGUCAAAGCCGCCAGGACCUUCUUAGAACACGUUGCCGAAUCGGGUGCACACGAAGGCCGGGACGUGGAAGGUUUCGUCAUUCGCUGUGGAAUCUCGUCUGGAAGGGAUCAGCCACAGUACAACGACUGGUUCUUCAAAUUCAAGUUCGAAGAGCCAUAUUUAUUGUACCGACAAUGGCGAGAAUGCACCAAAGCCCUCAUCUCUGGAAAACCACCAAAAUUUAAGAAACAUACAAAGAUCACUGAGGAGUACCUCCUUUUCGCCCGUCAAAGACUGGCCAAGGACCCCAAUUUGGCCAAACUUUACAAUCAGAAUCACGGUAUCAUCUCUCUUCGGGACGAGUUUCUGGAAUAUAAGAAUAUGAAAGGCUCUGAUGCUGCAAACCUUGAGAAUAUAUUCGGGAAUGACAGCUCGAGUGUGUCGGGCGAUGUCAUUCUCGUACCAAUUGCAACAAUCGGGUGCGGAAAGACCACUGUUGGUGUGGCCCUUACCAAUCUAUUCGGUUGGGGUAUUGUCCAGAAUGACAACAUUCAAGGCAAGAAUCGUCCUACAAGAAUGACCCAGGCUGUGCUAUCACUAUUGUUGGAGCAUCCUGUCGUAAUCUCAGACAGAAAUAACUCUGAGCGCCGAGAGCGCGAACAGAUCAUCAAGGACGUCCUCGUCCAGCAUAAGAGCGCCCGACUCGUUGCUCUAAACUUUGCUCAUGGAAACAUCGACGAAGUGAGAAGAGUAACGAGGGAGCGAGUAUUAAAACGUGGGGAUAAUCACCAAACUAUCCAAGCCGCAUCAGAUGAAGCUAAAGUUAUUGGUAUCAUGGAGAACUUCAUAUCCAGAUUUCAACCUUGCGACCCCGAGAGUAAGCCAGAUGACGGCUUCGACUUUGUUAUUGAUCUAGAUCCUGCUCAGGGAAGCCGCGUUAAUGUGGAGAAAGUAGUCACUGAACUUCACAAGAAUUACCCAGCGCUGAUUCCAAACAUGCCAAGCACUGAAGAUAUGGACGAGGCUGUUAAGAGGGCUAUUGAGGAGUAUUCCCCGGAAAUCAAGCACAAAAUACCCGAUCGCACAAACAACAAACAACAAAAGCAACAAGAGGCUAAGAAAUCUAACGACACUAAUAAAAAGAAACCACUGGAGUAUAUGGCAAUUUCAAUUCCUGCUAAAGAGGUUACUGUAGCACUCGAGUCAGCCUUCAAAGGCGUCGAGCCAGAGAUGCAACGAUUCUAUAAGCAACUCCAGCAGACCCGCCGCAUCCAACCACUUUUCCAUGUCACCCUUAUGCACAAAUUUACCGCUAAAGAGCACCCUGAGCUGUGGCAGCGCUAUACUGCCCUCGAAGCCGAGAGCCAGUCCAUAGAUGGCAAGCUUGGCGAGUGCGAAGUAGAGCUUGAGCGCGUCGUAUUCAACGAUCGCAUAAUGGCCAUCGUGGUACGGAUACUAGAUCACGAGGGAAAAUGGACAUGCGUCAACAAAGUGGCACACAUUACCGUGGGCACACGCGAUAGCGGGGUCAAGCCGAAGGAGAGCAACGAUCUGCUAGCACGAUGGCUCGAUGUCGGAAGUGGAGGCGACACUGGUAUUGGCGAGCGUGUUAUAGAGGGGAAGCCGACGCUGAAGGGAACUGUUCGUGGCGUGCUGUCUAGAUAGAAAAUGAGUGGGCGGAUGCGAAACAGGACUGGGCGUUCCAAACGAAAGGGGGCCGAGACGUACACUACUAUGUACUCCCUGGACUGUAAAGUAUCAUGUCCCAUGUUUUAUUUUAGUCGAAGCGCGCCGCAAACAUCAAUCCUUAAGGCAAUAUCUGAAGUAGUAUAGUUAUCUCAGCGUUAAAAUUAUUAAAUCAGCAG